UGGCAAAGACAAAAGCUUAGCACAAAAUUUAAUAAUGAUAUAAUUCAAGUUAGCUUAGUUUAGCUAGCUAUAAUUAUAUUUAUUCUACUUUUACCCCCACCAAUGCCACCAUCCACUACUAUCUCUAGCUCUUACACACAUACACUCUUUGCAUAUAAGCACUAUAUAUAAUUCCCACGUUGCAUGUAAUAAUAAAAACAUAGUUAUUCCCCAGCCAUUAUCACACGUACUCAAAUUAAUAAUACUACUAUCUUGAGUAAAACCAUGAGUUAUGAGCCAAACACAACCCUCAACUUGAGCCUGCUAUCAUCUAAGAAUGAGUUCAAGCGGCUGGCGUGUCCAUCUGCUAGCUUGCCUGCUCCGCUAAGUCAAGCGGAGCUGCGGGUAUUUGCGUGCAACUAUUGCCGGAGGAAGUUCUAUAGCUCACAAGCCUUGGGAGGGCAUCAAAACGCACAUAAGCUGGAGAGAACCCUAGCCAAGAAGAGCAUGGAGAUGAUGAACCUAGUAGACGUCCCGGAAUACAACCCGCGGAUCAAACCGGGAACCAGUAGACCGGGCUAUGGCCAAGGACAUGCAGCUAGGUUUGGCGAUGGUGCAAGCUUUGGAAUGAGGGAAGUGGUUUAUGGGUAUAGAAACGAGAAUGGGCACAAGCCUGUUGGGAAUGGUCAAGAGGAUUUUGGCCAACUUGACUUGUCUCUUAGACUUUAGAUGGGGUUUGGAUAUCUCAAGUAAGCUCGGCAUGCAUAGCUGUAUCAUGUAAUUGGUAUGUUUUUAGGUACAAGUUGUGUCAUGUAUGUAUAUUUGCAUCAAACUUUAAGUGUUUGUUUGUGGAAGUAAAAUAUUAUGUUCUACCAUAUUGAGUAUUUCCUUAUUUUCAUUUUACCAACUGUAUUGAUUUAA